UUUGACUAAUCAACAUUCGCCAAUUGUUGGACUGCACUCCUACCAAACGUCAAAAUGGCAGACGAUCUGAGAAGCAGAAUGAUGGGUCAAACAGAAGAACAGAAUCAGAGUGUGAUGAAGACAAUGAUUUUAUUUAGCAUGGCAAUGCUGUUCCUCCCAGUAUUCUCUUACUUCUUCACUAAAAGUUUUUUCUUUGAAGGAUAUUUUGGGAUGACGAGUCAGAACAGUUACUUCUAUGCAGCUUUUGUCGCUAUAACAGUAGUACACAUAAUAUUGGGACUUUUUGUGUAUAAGGCAUUUACAGAAGGAACUCCGACAUCAACUUACAAAACAGACUAGAAAACAGAGUUCCAGCCAUCCCAAGGUCGACUUUAAAAAGAGGCUAGAAAACCAAGUUCUGGCCCCAACAAAAUCAACUUUUGAAACAGAUCAAGGACCUCUGGUUUCAACUAUGUCAAAUUUCAAAACAGACAAGAAAACUGAAUUCCAGUCAUGUGUGAUUCAGAGUAAAACAGUUGGAGAUGAAUGAUAUCAAUGAUUAAGAAAAUUUGCCAUUAAUUAAUGAUAGCAAUGAUAGGGUGCUCUUUGGUUGUCUGCGAGGGAAUGUGUGUGGGUGCAUGUAUGCUUGUAUACGGGCUAUUAUACCAGUAUGUGUUAUGUACAGGGUACAAAAUGAACAAGCAUUUGGAAAGUGUUUAGGAAGAAAACCACUUUUGUAUUGUAUACAGGCCUUAAGUACUUUUUUUCUGUUAAUUUAAACCAAUAAGGAAUUUACAUAAUUUCAGAUAUUUCUUAAUAUUGAUAGAACAAUGAUUAGAAAUUACCACUUGUUUAAAUGUGAAAAUUUCAUCUGAUGUGGUAUUUGAUCUUGACCUUUAAGUCAUGGUGGUCUAUUGUGAUCAGCUUUGUCUGGCAUCAUGCAUAUGUGAACGUCCAACAUUUUUGUUUUCUUCUCAAAAACCCUUGACCAAUUUCAAUGAAAUUUUGCAGAAAGCUUUCCUGGCCCAAGAUGAACAAAACAAAUGAAUAAUAUUGUCCCCAUUCCACAGGGGACUGAGGGUUGGGCCAAAAGGGUCAAAAUAACCUAAAUUUUAAAAAUCUUCUCCUCAACACCCAGGUAUGGUAGAAUCAAAUGCUCUUCAUGGAUGGAAGCGUCUGAAGAUGCUUUACCAAAACGGGUCUCCCAUUUCUUCCUGGGAAGGAGGUUAACUUUACUGUAAUUUUCAUAGCAAAAUAGUAUUUUUGAGCAGAAUGUUGUUUAUUCCCCAUUAGAAAUAUCUUUGUAAGAAUUAUUAGUAUAGAAUGAAGUUUAAUUUAACUAUAAUUUGCAUAGAAAAAUUGCAUUUUUAAGUAUGUUCAGAACCAUUGGAAAUAACUUUGGAAGAAUUAUAAGUGUAGGACAGCAGCUUUGAUGGUGUGCACCGGCUCACUAUCGUCAAUAUCUUAAUUUCUUUUUCAUGACAUUCGAAAGCUCCUUAUCUUUAAAUUCAAUAUUUCUAUUUUCAGAAGACUGUCAAGGCAGCUAGGCCUCUUGUUCAAUAUUGCUUAUUGGUACCUUCAUACUUUCUUGUGUUUAAACAAAACCAAAAUUCAUGUGUGGUGAGAUAUUUUAAAUUUAAGUCACUAAAACAAAAUAUUCAUCAAUGAAGAAUAUAAUCAGUUUCUAUAAAUACUGAACACACAGCCAAUUAUGUAAUUGAUUAAUUACAUUAAAAAGUCUGCCUGAUUUUAACUGAUAAUUGAUUAUGAACUUCAACUGAUUUCCCUGGUAGCUGUAAAUAAUUCUUUUUGAUAUAGAGUCCGACAUCAUUUAGUUCUUUAUCAAGAUAGGAACCAGCAAUAAAAGAUGGUAUAAUAUGUGAUCAUGAUUUAUUGAAGAUGAAGGCAUAAUGUGCUUUCCAUAUUGUUGUAAAGGAUGUUAAAAUUGUUUAAAAAUAAUAUACAAAUAAAAAAAAGAUGAAA